AUGGCAUCUUCUUAUCGCUUGGUUCCCAUUAGUAUACUUUGUACUUCCCUAGUAACGCUGGCAUUAUUUCGUUGCGUGCUAUCUCAGUGCACCAGGUUUGUUGCUUUCGGUCCUUCGGCGCCAGUGGAAGGGACAGACUCUAGUUUGACAAACGCGACUUCAUUACAAGAGGCAGAUGGUUGCAAGGGAGCAAAGGCGCCUAUGAAGAAGGAUGCAGCAAGUUUGCAGCAGCUCGAUUCUUUCACACGAGCUGCUACGCAGUCCGACCCGAUGACAAAGGUAGAACAGCUUCUAUCAAGUCUGCGUAAGCGAUUUGACGAUGUCCACGCCGAAGUAAAGAGAAGAGGCGAGGAAUUCGCCAGAUAUAAAGAGGGAAUCCGUCAGGCAGAUUCUGCUGAGCACCAAAUCACAAGCGAUAGGGAUCGCGUACGACAGCGUACCGAGGAAUUGACGCAAUCGCUUACGGCUCUCAGUAAAAGAGUUGCAGACGCUGCUCACACCAAGAAAACCUACCUACAUGUGCUCCAAAGGACCAAGCAAGAAAAGGACAUGGUUCGUCAGAAGAACUUGCUGCUACAAAGCAAACUGAGAGCAUUGGGUCUUGAAUUGAAGGAUGGGCAUCGUGCACUGGAAAAACAGCGAACAAAAAAAUGUAGAGCUACAUGUGAACUCAACGAACUUGAGCAGGGGCUAGCAAGAGAACGGCUUGUUCGCGAACAAGGCUUUAAAGGCAUAAAAGAGGCAACUGUACUCAAAAAGGCUGCAGUCGAGAAGAGGUACGUAAGGCUUGCAGAAUGGCAAAAGUCAGUAGUGGCCAACGCAGCUGCCGUGGCGCUCUCCGCGUCGUCAGGAAAGUGGCGAAGGAUGCUGUGCAUCGAGAAGCUUAUUGCAAACUUCUUGCAGAAGUCAAACGUUAAUAACGUAGAGAAGUGGCAAUACACAGAAGACACGUUCCAGAAAAUUCGUGAAGCAACCGGUCUGGUUGAUGUAAUGGAAAUCGUCAGCAAGUUUCUAAAUCGCGACUCGGAAAAUCAGAAGCUUAAGCAACUGGCAGUGGAGGCUGAAAGGAAUCUUGAGGCGCUGGAUGCCCAUGCUCAGUCGUGGAAUAGAGGCCUGCAUAGUUAUGAUGCACGGUGCAGCUUGCCGGAACAUUCCCUUGAGGGCGCGGAGGAGGCGAAGCGUUGCGCAGCCAGCAUCAAUGCAAAGCUCAUGCAGCUUGGCCUCGAGGGCGCAUAUGACUUCAACGCUGACGCAUCGCUUGAGUGCUACUGCCAACACCUCCAGGAGCAGAGCAUUCCAGCCCUCUUCGCACUCCUUCCAGACACAAAAAAACAAAGUCAAAGCUAA